AAAGAAGGACUGAAGUGUUUUUGUUUUCAGUUUUAAGGACCGCUAGCGUGUUUAACUACAUGCAGUUUGAUAGUUUGGACCAAAAUGUAAUGUGAACAACAUUAAAGUGUGCACAUUAUAUUGUUUGCAAAGUGAAUAAGGACAAUUUCAGAAAUGGGGUAAACUGUAGCUGUUUGGAGCCACAAAUGAUUUUUUGUCGCAACAUUAAAAGUGUUUCAUCAAGGAAUAGCAAAGUCAAAUUGUCAAGGCGCCGAUGGAAAUGUAAUCAGUACCGUUUUAUUUUUUCUUCAAAAAGGACACUUAUCAGAAAACACAUUUACCAAGUCUGUCUUUUAUAGCACAGAUCUUAACGCACAGUUCGUUUAGUGAGUUUGACCAUACGUCUUCAAAUAAAUCAAGAUGAGUAAAGCCAAGUGUUCAAACAGUAAUUUAAACAAUAAAAAUAACUUAGCCAGUGUAUUUUUAAAACAGAGGUUGGCCCAGUUUGAUCGAGAACAGAAAUAUUCUAUAUAUCAUAUUGAAAGAAGUAAAGUUAGUACAAACCACUUUUUAACACAGAUUAAACAAUGUGAUAACUUCUUAACAACCGGUUCAUUAGAAUUGUUGGGUAGAACCAAAGUAAAGAAACAGGAUGAGGUAGAUUCGGAUGCAUGUGCACAGAAACCACCCUCGGGACAUUCCAAAAAGUCAAAAAGUCCAGUAAAGAGAGGAACCCCGUCUUCGCCAAUGUUAAUGGGAACGUAUAUAACACCCAAACUAAAAGAGAAAUUACAAACUUUAAGUGCUGUGCGCGAUGAAUGGUACCAAGAAGGUCUCAAAAAGAGGGAGACAAGCUUUCAAAGAGGAGAAAAAUUUCUGGAAAAACUUCGAGAAAAAGAAAGAUAUUUUGAAGAACUGAGAAAUUCCAGCGAUGACGAAGAUGAUUAUAACCCUUUACUAAGAAACGCUAAAAGUAGCAUCACUCGAUUACCUAGUUUCAGAAAACCUUCGACUCGUCCUUACUCUUCAGACGAUCGUACCUCACGAUCGAGAAAAUCGACAGAUCGCGGAACCAUUAAAAGACAUGGUAGCAUAAUCAAAAGACUCGAUUCCACGUUUGAGAAUCUGAGUAUAGACGAGGAACCGACAUCGAAAUCGGAAGUGAAUGUGAAGUUCCCGCGUGUAACUGAAUGUCGUCCUAGUGUUGCAUGGCAGGGAAAUGAAAUUGAAGAAGCAGACGAUGAAGACGAAGAGGACGAUCCACCAGAAGACAUGAUGCGGGAAUUUCUGAAUCUCAAAAUGAAAGUAAAGCCAAAGCCUCUCCAUUCGAGGAUUGAUGAGUUUUAUUGUAAGCUGGAUGAUAUGAAGAAACGUAAAGAAGAAAGAGAAAGGAGUUUACCUUAUUAUGAAAAAAGGCGAAAAUGGCUAAUGCUUACGAGAGGAAAAGUUGACGAUUUUGACGAAGACUAUUAAAUUUUCUGUUGCACAAAAUUGUCGUAUAUUAUCUUAUGUGGGAAUGCUUAUUAUGUGGACAGUAAACACGUACUUAGAAAUGCAGUUGUAGGCUAGCAGUAGGUAUUAAAGGAAGGAUUCAUGUUAAAAUUGUGACUCCAGGUUUGUGACAUAUAUCCCCUUCCAUAUCAAAAUAAACUUUGAUAUUUUUUAUGUAUUAAUACUCUUUUUUGAAUUCAUAGAGUGUGUUAAUACACACAAGUUGUAAGUCCUUACAAUUAUUAUUUUUAUGUUACCUUUACAUCAGUAGAUCAAACUGGAUUAGUCGGGCCCCUCCCCUAGAUAAGAUAAGUUCGUUGUAUCAAAUACGCCCAUUAAAGGCAUCAUACAACGAGUGGUACAUUUGAAAAGAUAAGAACAGUGGCGGAGCCAGGUUUACGUCCGAGGGGCAAAAUAUCUGAGAUUGCCUUGGGCUGCGAGGGGGAGGCUGUCCCCUCUUUGGCCCCGCCACUGCCUGAGGAUUAUUUCGGUUAUAUAUUAUGCUCUCUUGCAAUAAGUCAAUUGAAUCCAUGUAUGGCCUAAAUAAAAUAUUUUAACAUUU